UUGGUGGGAGGAUAUUAUGAUGCGGGAGAUAAUGUGAAGUUUGGACUGCCUAUGGCGUUUACAACGACAUUGUUAUCAUGGAGUGUUAUCGAAUUCGGUAGCUAUAUGAAGCGUAACCAAAUGGAUCAUGCAAGAGCUGCAAUUCGUUGGAGUACUGAUUAUUUACUGAAGGCAGCAACAGCUACACCAGAUACCUUAUAUGUUCAAGUUGGGGAUCCUAGUAUGGAUCACAGGUGUUGGGAAAGGCCCGAAGAUAUGGAUACGCCUCGGAAUGUGUAUAAGGUUUCUGCACAAAACCCCGGCUCUGAUGUUGCAGCUGAGACAGCUGCUGCAUUAGCUGCUGCUUCCAUUGUGUUUAAAGAAUCCGACCCUUCAUAUUCCGCCAGAUUGCUUCAAACCUCCAUGAAACAUAGAGGUUCUUACAGUGAUUCUCUCAACUCAGUUGUCUGCCCUUUUUACUGUUCUUAUUCUGGAUUCCAAGAUGAGUUAUUAUGGGGAGCAUCAUGGAUUCAUACUGCUUCGGAAAAUAGUUUGUACUUGUCUUACAUCCAGAAUAACGGCCACACACUAGGCGCAGACGACGAUGACUACUCAUUCAGUUGGGACGAUAAACGAGUUGGGACCAAAGUGCUUCUUUCCAAGGGUUUUUUGGAUAAGCAGGUCGAAGAAUUUCAGUUGUACAAAGCUCACUCUGACAACUAUAUUUGCUCAUUGAUCCCAGGAUCACCUAGUUUCCAAGCACAAUAUACUCCUGGAGGACUUCUUUUCAGAGGAGGUGAAAGCAAUUUGCAGUAUGUUACAACAUCAUUUUUAUUGCUUUUAACAUAUUCCAAGUAUCUAAAAUCAUACGGCGGAGUUGCUUCGUGUGGAUCAUCAACCAUCUCUCCUAAAGACUUAAUUGCAUUGACAAAGAAACAAGUCGAUUACAUUCUAGGCCAAAAUCCAGUAAAAAUGUCUUACAUGGUAGGAUUUGGCGAAAGAUUCCCACAACAUGUUCAUCAUAGAGGUUCUUCGCUUCCAUCUAUACAUUCACACCCUGAUAAAAUCAACUGUAACGACGGUUUUCAGUAUCUUUAUUCUGGUUCAUCGAAUCCGAAUGUACUUAUUGGUUGUUGGAAAUUUUGGGUUAAACAAGAGGAUAAAAAGCAUGUCAGUGAAAUUUUACUCAUUGUUAAUCAUCUUAAGGAUGCUGGAAUUGAAAUUGUUUCUGCUUUUAUUGUCGGAGUCAUUAUUUCUCGUCUUCCUCCUUCUUGGAAUGAAUCUGUAGAUGUGGAAUUUUUUGAGAACUUGAAUAGGAAUAGUUCCCAAAUGCAACCCAUAGAAAACCCAUUGUUACCUAGUCUAGAAUAUAUAGAGACUAAUAACAAUGAUGAACAUUCUGCUCCUAACAUAGAAGAUAUUUCUGAAAGUAUAGAAGAUAUCGAACCUAGAAGAAGUAAGAGAGCAAGGAAAGCGAAAAGCUUUGGUCCAGAAUGGGUACAAUAUCUUGUAGAAGGUAGUAAGAAUGAAAUUCUUAGUAUGACUAGAUAUGUAAUGCAUGUUGAUGAUGACCCUAAAACUUAUGUUGGGGCAAUGAGUUCCAGAGAUGCUAUUUUCUGGAAAGAGUCUAUCAAUGAUGAAAAGCAUUCACUUUUGUCUAAUGGUACUUGGAUAUAUUGUGAUUUACCUCCUGGCGUAAAAUCUAUAGGAUGUAAAUGGGUAUUCAAGAGAAAAAUGAAUGCAGACGGUUCCAUUGAUAAGUUCAAAGACAAACUAGUUGCUAAGGGUUAUAAACAACGACAUGGAAUUGACUAUUUUGAUACAUAUGCUCAUGUUGCUCGCAUCUCAUCUAUUCGUUGUUUAAUUGCACUUGCCUCUACACAGAAGCCAAGAAAAGAAGGUUUGCAAGUUGGUAAAAUAUCUUUAUGGCUUGAAGAAAGCUCCCAUGCAAUAGCAUGA